AUGAUUUUUGAGCAAAAAACUAUUUUUGUACUAAUAUUGUUAGUAGCACAACUCGUUUGCCAAAGCGAUGGUUGUUCAGACAAGGAGACAUUGAUAUUGCAAAGUGAUGGGUUUCAAUAUGUUCGUGAUAAAGAUCCAUUGAUAUCAGCUCUGUAUCGAGAAUGGUGGUUCUUUACGUUGUAUGAUCAACAAAUCGAUAUCGGAUUUUGUAUAGGCUAUGGCAUCGCAGAUCCAGCGAAAACUUUUGGUCAACAGGGAGCUACAGUUGGUGGAAUGUUGUGGACUUCGGUAACAAACAAUACUGGGCAAAACUCGAUUGAUGUUUCGGACAUAUAUAACUAUGAAGAAUUUUCUGCUUACAAGGAAAACGCAACUGUGACAAUUGGUCACCAGAAUUUCAUCAAAGUUUUAGAUCAAACUACAUAUCAAGUUGCUGGUCGUUCGCGCAAUGGACAGAUUUAUUGGUCAUUAACAUAUAAACAAUGUUCUUAUGGGUGUAGACAAAAAAUAGAUGUGCCAGAACUAUUAGAUUUGGAUUGGAUUUCAUAUAUGCCUAGUGCACGUGUAUCUGGAAUUAUUCAAUACAAUAAUCACACAUUUACAAUCAAUACCACCGGCUAUCACGAUCAUAACUAUGGUGCGUGGCCAACUGAUCUUUUCAAUUGGAUUUGGUCACAAUUUCAUCGUGUUGACAAAGAGUUUUCAUUUAUUUUGGGUAGUUACCAUAUCCCAUUGACCGAAGAUGAUUAUAUCGGUUAUGUAUUCAUUCGAUAUCGAGGUCAAAAAAUCAAAAUUGGAACUUUAUGUGGAAAUCAGUUUCAUUUAAAAACAUUAGAAUGGACAAUUAUUCAUGGGAAAAGUAUUGUAUUCAUACGAAAGUAG